CUACAUUAUCGUCUGCUAAACCCAAGCCAACGGGUCAAGCUACGAACUACUAUUUGAAACAGGGUCGGGCAUUGAUCCGCCUUCGCCGCCGCGGUUGCUGCACAGGGUAUGUCUUCCGAUGGGUUUCGCCCGCUGGACGAGAAGUUAUUGGUGGAGUAUUUGAAGGGAACUCCAUCUCUGGCCGCGAAGCUGGGCAGUCAGUUCGAUAAGCUUGAAAUCAAGGAAGUAGGCGAUGGAAAUCUCAACUUUGUUUACAUUGUUAUCGGCUCAUCGGGUGCUGUAGUCAUCAAACAGGCUCUUCCAUACAUUCGUUGUAUAGGAGAGUCAUGGCCAAUGACAAAGGAACGUGCCUAUUUUGAAGCGACAACUUUACAAGACCAUGGUCGCUUAUGUCCAGCUCAUGUUCCUGAGGUUUACCAUUUCGAUAGGGAAAUGUGUUUGAUUGGCAUGCGUUACAUCGAGCCACCUCAUAUAAUAUUAAGAAAAGGAUUGAUUGCCGGGAUUGAGUAUCCAUUACUUGCAGAACAUAUAUCAGAAUAUUUGGCCAGGACACUGUUCUACACGUCCCUGCUUUAUCUGACCACUACAAAUCAUAAAAGUGCAGUCGCAAAAUAUUGUGGGAAUGUGGAGUUAUGCAGACUUACAGAACAGGUUGUCUUCUCCGACCCCUACAAAGUGUCCGAAUAUAACCGUUGGACAACACCUUACCUUGAUGCUGAUGCUGAGGCAGUUCGCGAGGAUAGCAUUUUGAAAGUUGAAGUUGCUCAGCUAAAAUCCAAGUUCUGUGAGAGAGCCCAAGCUCUUAUACAUGGUGAUCUCCAUACAGGUUCAGUCAUGGUUACCACUGAUUCAACUCAAGUGAUCGAUCCUGAAUUUGCGUUCUAUGGGCCAAUGGGAUUUGACAUUGGAGCUUUCAUUGGAAACCUGAUUUUAGCGUAUUUUGCACAAGAUGGACAUGCAGAAAAGGGGACUGAUCGUAAACUGUACAAAGAGUGGAUUUUGAAGACCAUAUCAGAUACUUGGAACCUCUUCUACAGAAAGUUUACUGCUCUUUGGGAUAAAAACAAGGACGGUCCGGGCGAGGCUUAUCUUCCUGCAAUUUAUAAUAAUCCAGAACUCCAAUUGCUGGUACAACAGAAAUACAUGGAAGAUCUUUUCCAUGACAGUCUUGGAUUUGGUGCUGCCAAAAUGAUAAGGAGAAUCGUUGGGGUGGCUCAUGUUGAAGAUUUUGAAUCAAUAAAGGAGGCCAGCAAACGCGCAGACUGUGAGCGCAAGGCUCUGAACUUUGCUAAGACCCUUCUAAAGGAGAGGAAGAAGUUCCACAACAUAAGUGAAGUUGUUGCUGCAAUUGAGCAUCUCGACAAAUGAUACGAUCUAUUAUAGGCCACCCCAUCCAUGUCAUCGACAAAUAAGCUCACUUUCUGCAGAGUUUUCCUAUCAGAUGGAACGUUCUGCUGGAAAGUCCUCCAGAUGAACUCCGUGGAAACAUUCAUGGUCUGCAAUGUGUAUUGUGCUCCAAUAUCUCUUUCAAACCUGGCACCACCGGUGGUGCCAGCGGCGUUGUUGGAGACAGUGAAUUCAACAGCCACAACUCCUCGCAUGGCUGGUAGGACUGCCAAAGAAAACAAGAUCAACAUGAAGUUGGCCAUUCUUUGAUUCCUCUUUGGGGUUCGUGGUCUUUGAAUUUGUGGGUCUGGGGGAAACUGCAUGCCUAUAUAUAGAUAAAAUGGAGCAAACUUUCAUAGCAUGCCCAAUCAAUGAAUCAAUAAUUCUUGUGUUAUAAA